UUGUUUUUUAAAUAGAUGGAUUCUUUUUUUUUUCUGGAGCAUUGCUGAUGGCCGGAUGACAACAAACUUCCUGCUACAUCUGUCCAAAUAAUAGGUCCCCAGACAUCCAUGCUGCAUGUUCUGUUUUCACAAGUUUAAUCUCACAUGACUGAAUUAAUGGGGGAUGAAAGUGUCCUCACUGAUGUGCUUUCUUUCUGUAAUGUAUAAGUUGCAUCUCCCUGUUGCAAGUACUGUAUUAAGAAAAAGUAUGGCACUUACUCAAUAUUCCUGAUUUGAAUCUAUAUAUUUCUUGUAUGCAAAGUUGUUUGUUCAGACAUGUGCAUGAUAGGUUUGUGAAUACUGCCCAUUCUGCAGUCAGCAAGCACCCUGUUUCAGGGGACAGAAAUAAAGUCAGAUAUUAUGGGCCAGCAACUUCUAAUAUAAGUUCUCUCUUGCUCUGCUGUUAAGACGUGGUUGGCCUGUCUGCCCGCGUCCUGCUAUACAACUGCAAAACGUUUAUUGGCUGAAGCUCAGAAGCUCCUACCAUUGACUGGUGAGUAGCAAGUGUUGUCAGGACAACCCGUUCCUGUUUGCUGCUGGAUUAGAUUCAACAAUGUCUGACGUGGCCAAGGACAAGGCAGCUCGCCUGCUGAAGAAGAGAGGCAGCGUCUCCUCACUCAGCAGCCAUGAAGUCAAAGCAAAGGAAACAACUGAGAAAACUAAAGAUUCCAUGAGUACAGUAUCUUAUACUGAUGAGCCUAUUGAUGAGCCUGGCCAGCAAGAUGACAAUCCUCAACCUGCUGUUCAAAUGGAGAACACAUACCAACUAGGUCCUGCAAAGCGUUUCCCUGUGGCCACAGUGAGCAACAUUUUAAAAGACGUGCUGACCAGUUAUCUGCAAGAGGAGAAGUAUGAAGCAAAACUGUGUAGGCAGAUGACAAAAACCACAUCUGAGGUAGGCUUUUCUUUACCAGAUCAAAUACAUUUCACAUUAAAAAAUAAACACAGUAAACCAAAACUAAAGUAG